AUGUUUGACUUCGAAGAUCCAUUGAUGGACAAAGAGAAAUGCCUUAUAUCAAUUGGAAAUUUGCCUGUAUUCGUUGAUCCCGCUCAGCCGCCUCAGAAGAGGGCGCCUUUUUCUGCUAUACUCGGCCAUGCGUUCAAUCACAAGGUUGAGUUAAUAAUUCCGCGACAUGUACAUGAGGCAGCCUGGAUUUCAAUUUUGGGAGAAAUUAAGCCACAUCAAUAUGCGCGAGCUAUUUUUCCCUUAUCAGGCUUGUUAGAAGGGGAAUUUUUCACGAAAUAUAUCAAGAUUGGAAAUGUCCUUAUGAUAUCAGAGGGAAGAAGCGGCAUAGACAAUGUCUAUACUCUCAAAGACGGGGUUCUUACACUUGAACUUGAUAAGUCAACAUAUGAACGUGCAGGCCUCGUGGGAAAGGCCAUUCGAUCGGGGGAUAGGAAGCACAUAAAAUCAAGAUAUAUGGUGGAAAUAAAUCUCCGACCCUCAUCAAUGUUACAUGGCAAGAAAGGGUUCGAACGGAUUUCAUGGGCGUUUAAGAACGUUUUAAACAACUCUGUAACGUGGUUGUUUACUGAUCUAUCUGAACCCCCAACAGAUGCCCCUAUCAAAAAGUAUCACCCACAGAUCAUUACGCUCUCGCCAGCAGAAAUUAUGAUGGAAAAAGUUCUUGUACCACCCUUUGGUUCAGAGUCUCUCCUUCCGACAGAAGACAGAGAUGCUCUCUGUGGGACCUGUGACGAGUUACAGGAGUGGUUGGGCCUAGCGUCAUUGGGAUCAGACCGGAUUUUGGCAAGUGACUCAAUCGAUCCAUAUCUAAGCCGAUAUCAAGUUCCGCAGAAAGAUAAAUGUAAGACAACAGAUCUAGUUAAGAUCACAUGGAGAGGUUUAAUACCAUCCAGCUGGGUUAUGAUGUUACUUUUAUCAGUAUUACGGAAAUGUGGCUCAAAGUCUACAAGUGCUGGCCACUGGUUUGGGCUCCUUGUCUCAGCAAUGGGGAAGGACGCAGUGGAUGGGAAGGAUGGCUACUCUGUCAUGGCAUUACCCUUUACAAGUGCUAAGCGGGAGGGGGAAAAUGUCGAUUAUAAGGACGAAGAGCCCUCUCCUCGACGGAAAUAUAUCUGCUGGGAAUAUGUUGGUGGCAAUGUUGCAAGCUUCUGA